AUGGCGGCCGCGCUCCUGCCGGAGACGGCGCCACGGCUGCUGACUCCUGAGACGCUCCGCACGGCGGCGAAGCAGUCCCAGGGCAUCCACCUCGUCCCCCUCUCCCUCCGUCGCGCCAUCAAGCGCUACCUCCGCGACCAGGACAAGGCGCACAUGAACCGCAAGGUGCUGCUGCUCUCGGCGUCCUUCGACCGCGCCAAGGGCACCGGCGCCGAGCUCGCCGCGGCCGCCACCCGCAGCGCGCUCCUCGACGACCCCAACGCGCCGUCGGGCGCCGAGCAGCGGGCGGCGCGCUGGAAGGUGCGGUCGGCCUACGGCGAUAUCGGCCUCCGGUACCGCGAGGACGAGACAGUUGCCUACGUCGCGUCACGCAUGCCAGCCAUCUACGCCGCGUGCCACCGCGUACUGCGAGAGGUUAGACGGAGGUUGCCAGAAUUUGCGCCUGCCAAGGUGUUGGAUUUUGGUGCCGGGCCAAGCUCAGCUCUUUGGGCAAUGAGGGCAGUGUGGCCAAAAUCUAUAGAGAGGGUUAACCUGGUCGAGCCUUCCAAGGAAAUGCAAAGAGCAGGGCAGAGUCUCCUUGACAAUUUGAAGGGGUUGCCACUUAUUCACAGCUAUGACAGCAUCCAAGAGUUGAACCGCAAAAUAGAAAAACAUGAACGAGGCCACGAUCUUGUAGUAUCAGUUUUAUUAGAGCCUGGAACACCUCAAGGAGCAAAGAUCAUAAGCCAAAUGCGCUCUUAUAUCCUUUGGAUGGAAAAAAGAGAUCCAGAGGGUGUAUUAAAAUGUGCGCUUACAUUUUUGGGCACAGCAUCAGAAUACCUUUUUGAACUUAGUAGGUCAAAAGGUGUGCCUUUACGUGGUUUUGAGGAUGAAAAAUUUUGCUAUGUUGCUUUAAGAAGAGGCAAACGGCCAGAGGAAGCUUGGCCACUUGAUGGCUUGAACUUUGAGAAGCUUAAAGAACGCCAUGCCAAGAGAAAGCCAGAAGAUCUUAUCAUUGACUAUGACGAUCAAUUUCCAAGCGAGGAAGAUGAAGAGGUUCCUGUCGAUGGUGGGGACAGUCUGGUACCAUAUGCUUCAGAUGAACACGAAUUAAGUCUGUUCCAUGAAAGUGAAGAAGCAGAGGAGGACCAAACGAUUCGUGCUGACCUUGGAGGAGGUUGGGGCCGCAUUAUAUACAGCCCCAUUCGAAGAGGGAGGCAAGUACAAAUGGAUGUAUGCCGUUCCACCAAACGGGACGCAUCCGAAGGCGCAUUUGAGCGUGUAGUUGUCACCCGAAGCAAGAACCCAACUUUGCAUUUUCAGGCCCGUAGGUCACUUUGGGGCGACCUCUGGCCAUUCUAA